AUGAACUACAGCAGGGAAAGACCGUACGAAAUAGGACUAGCAAACGACGAGAGCCAUCUAUCAGACGACCAAAUAAAGGGGCUCUUCUGCUCCUUCAUUGAGACAUUUAGAAUAGGAACAGAGUACAUAUACAGGGAAGAGCUUGCAAGGAACGAAAAGCUGCUCAGAGUUAUAGUAGAGCACAUGAGCAUGUUUGACGCAAAGCUCUUUGAGAGCGUGAUGAGCAGGCCUCUCCAUUAUUUGGAAAUAUUCAGAACAGCCAUAAACGAGCCAGGGAAGAAAGAAAGGUACAUUGAAAUAGUGUCGCAGUCUACGGUUACGCCAAUAAGAAAGCUAGAUGCUGCCCAUAUAAAUAAGAUAUCAACUGUCAGGGGAAUAGUUCUAUCUGUUUCUACCGUGUGCUCCAAGCCCACCGUUCUCUACGUCUUUUGCAAAACGUGUCUUAACACAAAGCUAGUGAACGAAGUGCUUCCCAGAAAGUGCGAAUCGUGCAGCGGUGUAGACACCUUCAUUGCAUCGCCAGAGAAAAGCAUGCUGCAGGACAUCCAGUACAUAAAAGUCCAGGAGACAUUUGAUGAUCUGCCAACAGGAGAAAUAGCACGGCACUUGAUGAUAUGCGCAGCUGAUGGGCUCGUAGACCGAGUGAUCCCAGGGGCAUCAGUGACAAUAACAGGCGUGUACUCAGUGGGGAGUGGAAAGAUGAAUGUACCGUUUAUCAGGGCUAUGGGCAUGUCUGUGAACAAAGAGCACAUAGGAAUACUGUCUGCACAAAGAAUCACAAGAAAUGUCCCAAAAAAGUUCACUAGUUUGUCUCGAUCAGUGAUAAUUAACAGCAUAUCACCUGAGGUAUUUGGACACAAAGACGUAAAACUUGCACUGGCGUGUGCGCUCUUUGGAGGCGUGCAGAGAAAGUUUGAGGAUGGCAUCCGCAUCAGAGGAGACAUCAAUGUGCUUCUCCUGGGAGACCCUGGAAUAGCAAAGAGUCAGCUGCUUAAGUUUCUAUCAGGUGUCUCUACCCGCGGCGUAUACACGAGCGGAAAAGGAGCCAGUGCAGCUGGUCUAACUGCCACUGUGUGCAAAGAUAAGCACGGAAACUUUUAUUUGGAGGGUGGUGCUUUAGUUCUUGCAGAUGGCGGACUGUGCUGCAUUGAUGAAUUUGAUAAGAUGCAGGAGAAAGACAGAGUGGCUAUCCACGAGGCCAUGGAGCAGCAGACGAUAUCUAUCUCAAAAGCCGGCAUAGUCACCUCUCUUAACUCGCGGUGUGCUGUUGUUGCAGCUGCAAAUCCAAUAUUCGGCCGAUACGACGAGAAUAAGGCGCCUGGAGAGAACAUUGACUUUGGUGUAACUAUUUUGUCAAGGUUUGACCUGAUAUUUGUGAUCAAAGAUACGAUGAAAACAGAUAAGGUAAUUGCAGAGCACGUGAUAAGCAGGUUUAUUAAUGCGUCAGAGGAGGCCAGAGAGCAGAGCAACGGAUCAGAAGAGCAGAUAUCAAUUGAGGAGCUGAGAGACUAUGCAGAGUACGCAAAGACAAUCAACCCAAUGAUCGACGAAGAGGCAGCGCAGAGACUGCAGGCAUUCUACAUCCAAACAAGAAAAACAGCAAGAGCCUCUCGAGAGUCAGGAAAAGGAAGCAUUCCCAUCACCGUACGACAGCUGGAAGCCAUUGCAAGAAUAAGCGAAUCUUUGGCAAGAAUGGAGCUCGAAAGCGUGGUGACACCAGAGCACAUUGAAGAAGCCAUAAGACUGUUCACAGAAAGCACGAUGAAAGCAGUGACAAUGGGGCACUAUGUGGAAGGAAUGCCCAGACAGGAGUGGAUAAAAGAGUUCACACAGGUCGAGGUAGCGAUAAAGAACAGUCUGCCAAUUGGAAUAUCCAAGCCGUACAGACUGCUGAUAAAAGAGCUAUGUAAAAACUACAGUGAAGGCGUUGUAAUAAGGUGUCUAGACGGCCUCAUACGAAAAGAAAAGCUGUGUGUAACUAGUGGAGGAAAGUCAAUACUCAGAAUGCCCUGA